AGUGUGUGUGUGCAGUAGCGUGUACUACCUGUCGGUCUCUCUGCCUAUGAAUAUUCCUUCGUAGCAUACCUUCACUUACCGGAGAGCAAUAAGCUUAUUUAUAAACGUAGCCAAUUGACUACUCCACUUUUUGCACCGUUUCAUAUUACAGCAUCAGGUAGUCAGAUUAUGCAGUAGUUGUGUGCUGUCGAGUAACUCCGAGUGGUUCACCUGUUUGUUUUGCGAAAAAUUUAGUGCGAAUUUUCUUUAAUAUUAUGGUAUUGUGAUUGUGAUAUCGUAAUGUCGCAAGAAAUGAGUCUCAUGGAACUUACGCCACGAGGCAGUAGAGAUUUGGGCAACAACCACCAAUAUCGGAAAAAGAACCAUGUAGCUCCAAUAAUGGGGGGAUCUCAUGAUAAGUCUCGAGAUCAUCACCAUGCUACGAGUCACUUGUUGCUGGAGGCUGCACGAAACGGAAGUCCGCACGAGUUGGAAGCUCUUUUAAGGGAUGGGGUCAACCCAAACGUGGUUGAUGGGGAGGGGAGGAGUCCUUUGCAUCUGGUUUUGGCGACAGGAUGCACUUGUGACGUUUGCGUCAGAGAUGCCGAAGCGUGCCUUGUACUCCUUCUCAGUUCUAAUGGAGUAGAUGUCAAUCUUCAAGACGAAGUUGGAAAUACAGGUCUGCAUAUUGCGAUAGAUAACCAAUUAUCAAAAUGUGCACAGAUGUUGAUCUCAUACGGGGCGGAUGUCAGUCUCAGGAAUGACCAGGGUGAAAACGUAGUACAACUCAUGGCCAAGAAAAUGCCUCAAUGUCUCCUACAUUUGCUCAACGAGUCCAUUUACAUUGAUCAAUAUGAUCCCCACCAUGAGAAAUGCGUGGUCAAGAUGGAUCUCGGGCCUUUACUUGGUCACUCUUCUUUUUCACGGUCACCAAAACUUUCCUCAACGACAGUAGACAAGGAUCGUCCCAAGAAAAAAUCGACCAAAAACGAAGAUGGCGAAAUGACGCUUCUCGUAGGACUUCUUGAAAGUCAGCGAGUUUCUCGUGAACCAAUUUUUACCCAUCCACUCGUUCAAGUCCUUCUGCACUUUAAGUGGAAACGAGUGCGGAGCGUCUUUUGGACAUCGUUUAUCGUUUAUAUGUUGUGGGUGAUCUUGUACACAAGUUAUGUUCUGCAAGUUUAUGUGUUUUCCUGUCCCUGUCAAAUGUUCAAACGACCUUCGACCCUCAGAACGAAUAAGGGGCCUACUCAAGAUGGGCACGAAUUUGGCAACGACACGCCGGACAACCUGACCAGAUGUGAAAUUGAGACUGGGCUAAGUCUCAAAGUGAUUCUUAUCAUCGUGUCUACUUUCCUCCUUCUACUCACUGAAUUGGGACGCUUAAUAAUAACGCCACGGGUUUACGUCAGUUCUUGGCUCAAUCUCGGACACUGGACACUCAUCGGGUGCGUGUUUGCUACGACAAUACCCAACUUGCAGGCACAGACGUCGAUAAGUAAUUUGCAGUAUCAAGUUGCAGCUUUCACCGUGUUUUUCGCUUGGGUGUUGGUCCUCCCACAAAUUGGACGAUUGCCUUCUUUGGCGAAAUAUGUUGAAAUAUUUGGACAUGUCGUAAAAUGCUUCGGAUCCUUCAUUCUUACGUUUGCCUCACUUUUCAUGGGAUUCGCUCUAGGUUUCUCCAUCCUCUUUUUUGGAGAUGACAUGUCCCCAUUUGCCAACUUUUUCCACUCUACCGUGAAGGUGCUGGUAAUGAUGGUUGGCGAAGUGGACUAUAUGACCACAUUUUAUGAUGAUAAUAAUAAUGCCCAGUACCAACAGCCUGUCAUGGGUCACUUACUUUACGCAACGUUCGUCAUCCUCGUUUGCAUAAUUCUCAUGAAUUUGUUUGUGGGGUUGACUGUGAGCGAUAUUCAGAUGCUCGAACGUAAGGCCGAAUUUUCUCGAACGUGUCGCCUUAUCGCAGAAAUCUUUCAAUUUGAGUCCGUCAUCUUGUCGAAACGGAUGCCCAAAAUCAUUCGAAAAUUUUUGAAGCGACUAUUCCUACUUAAUGAGUCGACCCACUCGUUCAGACCAAACGACCCCAAAGACUCUACUCUACCAGGCCCCCUGUCCCACGACGUUCUGGUCCUGGCAGAAAACUCUUUUCGGAAGGCGAGGUCUCAACGAUGUUUCCGAGGAACUAAUAAUCACCACCACCACAUGGAACCAGAGUUGGUUGAAAUUCAAACAUAUUUCCCUAGCAUGGAUAAGCAGCCCCAGCAUGGUAGCCCCCCACACAGCACGACCUCCUCCUCCUCACCCUCUUCCCAAUCCUCCUCCCCUUUGGAGACCAAUAGUCUUGACCUGGACGUGAACCAGGCACACUCACGUGGCCCGUUCCGACCCUGGGCAUCUUGCAUGGAUCACACAAAUUAUCAUGCCUGACACCACCGUUUAUCAUUUAUAGAUAUUUUAUUUAGAUAGAUGCGUGUUCAUUAAUUACACUUUAAGUUUGGUAUGUGCACACCAGCAGAAGCAGAUAAUAAAUUAUAUACAAAUUAACAUAAUGCCUUAAUUACAGGAAGAAACUUGGAACAAACAA